UUCAUUGAAAUAGUUUAUAGGUUUAAAAGCGUUGAAACGAAAAAGCGACUCCACAACUUGAUUUGUUUCUCCUUGAACUAGGCGUCGGAGCAACAGCGUGAAGCUGACACCUGCCUGGACAUCAUGGUGUGGGAGGUGGUGACUCCAACUGUGCUGUCAGGUCACUCUAAAUGUCACCAAGUGCCGGAGCCCGAGCCUCAGGCUGAGGACACAGAAAUGAUGAUGGAUGCAGAUGGAGACCAAUCGCAUGAUUCGCUGCGCUGUGACGAACACUUCCCCUCCUCGCCCGGAUUCCCCACCAGUGACAGUUACAUGGAAUAUGAUGACCUCCCAGAUCUACAGGAGGUUCGAGAGGAGACGGAAUCAACAUCACCACCUGUGUACCAGGUGGAGUUGGGUGUGUCACACCAGGAACAAAACACACAGACACACAGACCAGAGCCUCCGGACACACGCUGGCUGACACAGCUAGCACACAUUGCCACUGGACCUCAGAGUCCACUGCUACAGGAGCCUCCUGACAGCAGUUCUUCUUCAGUCUGCAUCCCGAGCAGCAGCAGUGAUCUACAUUCCUACGCUCGGCCUCCUCCUCCUCUCCCCAGCAGCCCCCUGUCGUCCCUCAGAGGUCACGGCAGGGAGCGUCAGCGCUGCAGGACAAGCAGUGAAUGUGGCUCUGCAGUAUCCACCAGAUCUUCUCUGUCUGAUGAUGAAGACAUGGGCUGGAGUUUUUCCUGCCCACCCACUGCCUGGCACUGUUUUCUCAAGGGAACUCGUCUGCAUUUCCACAGCAGCUCAAAUAUAGAGUGGCGAGAAGCUGAGGACUUGGAGUCUGCUGAGGAAGACUCUGCUGAUGAGGAGCAGUCUAGAUUUCUGAAGAGUUAUGGCUCUGAGGGUCUGCAGCUGGUGGAGCAUGCAGAGAUUGUGUUGUCUGGUCAGGCUGUUCUACAACUGACCUUUGACCCCGGCACAUUUGGAUAUAUCCCCCUGACUGCCCGCUGCCAACUGGAUCACCCCUUCUAUGUCAAAAACAAAGGCUGGUCAUCCUUUUACCCCAGCUUGACUGUGGUGCAUUAUGGGAUACCAUGUUAUGAAAUGGAAGUGGGAGAUGUUUGCCUGCCUCCGGGACACAGAGACGCCAAGCACACAGAGGAUUCUCCAGUCUUUGACACAUUUAAAAGUUAUGAUUUCACUCCUCUGGACUCCUCGGCGGUUUACGUAUUGAGCAGUAUGGCGAGAAGGCGGCGUGCUUCCCAGUCCAGUGGGGGAGCUGUUUCUCCAGACAGAGACGUGCUUCAAGAUGUGCACAGUCCCAGUCAUUCCCACGCCACUAAGCAAAAGCCCCCCAAAAACCAGCUGCUCAGUACACAAGGAGGCAGCAGCGCCACACCCACUAAGUGCAAGCGGCCAAUGAAUGCAUUCAUGCUGUUUGCCAAGAAGUUCAGAGUGGAAUACACGCAAAUGUACCCGGGCAAAGACAACAGAGCCAUCAGCGUCCUCCUCGGUGAGCGGUGGAAGAAAAUGCGAAGUGAGGAGCGUCGCGUGUUCACCCUGCAGGCCAAAGCACUCGCAGACGAGCAGAAAAGACUCAACCCAGACUGCUGGAAACGGAAACGAACCAACUCUGGCUGUCAAGGAAAUUAAGGCUACAGAAAAGAAAAGAGGACAACUGACAGAGCCUGUUGUGUACACACACACACACACACGCACUCACAUACGCACAUUAAAAAAAAGAGCUAUGCAUAACCGAAUAUUACGCUUUAGUUCUAUAUUUGUUUUGUCUUGAUCUCCUAAAUCCCUGAAUCCUGUUAUAGUAAUGCAAAAAAACAAAAACAAACAAACAGCUGCCCCUGGUGAACACCUUGGGCUGCUCUCAACAAACAUCACUUUCCUUUUUCUUGCCUUUCAAAGGUGCUACUUAUAAAAUCUUGAAGUGCUAUAAAUCAUUAUUUCUUAAUAGGAAUUAGCAGAGGUGUCAAACAUCGCCUUUUUUUUUAAAUGCUGCGGAACACCCGUAGUGUCUCCUGCCGGGGACCGGAUAUUUUUCCAAAGAGAUGAACGGAUUUUAGCUCCAAUGAGCAAAGUUCGUCUCUACACGUGAUUCUUACAUCAAUGUGAUAAUAUCCACAAAAAAAGAAGAGAUUCUGAUGAUCUUCAGUUUCUCACACUAUGCUUGAAACAGGUGGAAGUUGUGGUGCUUUUAGCCAAAGUAGAGAAUGUAGCUAUUUUUCCAAAAUUCUAUAUUGUACAAUAAGAAAUAUACAAUUUAUUUUAUUGUCUGUAUUACUUGUAUUUGGACUCAGUGUUAUUGCACAAGACUACAUAUGUUAACUUUGCUUUCAUUUAUCACGUAGCAUUUAAUAAUGAAACACCACAAACUCUUAAACAGGGGCCUGGGUUUUAUUCACCUCCCCACAAAUUAAAUGUGGCCUUUUUUAGCAGCAAUAAUAAUAAUUUGCUGUAUUUUAGUGAGUCUCCAGUAGUGCUUCAGUUUUUCUCAGUAAGGGUUCCUCGUGGAGUUGUUAUGUAAACAAAUGUGUUUACAUUUGGCGUUAGUGACCUAAACCUGCCGUGUCAUUUGGAGGACUGUGCAUCACGUCACCCUUGUGAUCGCGUGACAAACCAAGAGACUGCAUAAUAUCAUUUGAAUUCAUCAAGUUGAAGUGAUGAAGGGAAAAAUAACCAUUAAAUGUCAACCCAAGUUAAAGCUCUUUCAUCUUCGAGGUUAACAAUUCUAGUGGCCAACAAUGGAGGUAACGAAAACCAUUGAAAUGUGGUCGUGCAGUAACUCUAGGUCAUCUAAAGAGGGUCAUCUGUGCGCUGGUCCACCAACAACCAGAAACAAGUUGCUUUACAUGAAGACGAGGCUUAAAACUCUACAGGGUUAAAGCUUCCCUGAACUCCUUGAAUCCCUCACUUGCCCAAAGCUUUUAUUUUGAAAUAAGAAAUGUAUUUAAGGAAGUAGAACCACACUCUAAUUGUACUUUGAAUUAAAUGACAAUUACUUGGACAGUAAAUAAUCCCACUGCUUAAAGUUUAACUUUACCUGUGACUACUGGUGGCUUGACUUCGUGUAAAAUAAAUAAAUAAAAUAAUAAAAAUAAAUUAGUAAUACAA